AUGCAGGAAUACGGCAUCUCUCCCGAGACCGCUAUCAGCUCCUUGAUCCCAGAAUGGCCUGCGGAUUUGCCAGGGGACUUUUCAGGUUCUGCAGCAAAGGAACCGCUUCGCUUGAGGCACUGCCUGACGCACACGGCUGGCUUCUCGAACGCGCUGCCAACAGUCCACCCUCUUUGCGCGUUGCGCCCUGCGGAGCUAAACAGGCUUCGAAGACGAAGGAGUGCUAUGGGGCAAUCGCCUCGAGACUUAAAAGCUUUGGUGAAGCUUGAGAGUUGCCAGCCACAUAUCUUCGCACCAGGGGAGCACUUCAACUACUGUGGCGUGGGCAGCCAGUUGGUUGCACGAGCAGUGGAGGAAGUCUCUGGACUGAACAUUGCAGCGUACAUGCAGAAGCACAUCAUGGAACCGUGUGGAAUGACUAGCACGGGGUUUCUCAUUGAUGAGUCCUUGGCGACAGACUGUGUGUCUGCAGACUAUCACCCGUGGGUCCUUCCAGCUGUUGCAGACGGCCUAGCCGGAUCGCGCUUGGAGCGCUGGAGGCUCCGUUUACGCUCCGUCCUUUCUCGUUUGUGUGGACAGUCGAUCAUAGAUGAUCUGAAGCCAGCUGGGAGUGGAGUCAUAUCCCCAAUGAAAUUGUGGGACAGGUCAUUGGAAAUGUAUCGACCCGACGCUGGACUUGUGGGGACCGGGGCAGAUUUCGUGCGAUUUUUGCAGGCGCUUACCGUGCCAGAUUCGGGCAAGGCUUCGCUCAGUCCGUUUGUGUUGAAGGCCCUGGCAUCACCCGUGACUGCGGAGCUCCAGGCGCCGUUUGCGCUGGAUGCUGCCAACACACGGGGAAGGCUUUUUCCUGUUCGUGGAGAUAGAUUGCCCGGGCGAAAGCCAGUUCGGCCCUUCAACAGUUUUCCAGGCCAAAGAUUCUCGAUGGGAGCGUCUGUGAUCUGCGACCCAGAAAAGGCUGCCUUGCCUCGACGAGCGGCUGGAACUUGGCACUGGAUGGGUUUCGCAUCAACUUAUUUCUUUGUCAACCCUCACGAAGAGUUGGCGGCCUGUUUCCUCACACAGCUCAUCUCUCACAGGACAUACCCCAUACUGGACCAACUGGUCAAAGGAGUGCAUGGUGCAUUGUUGUGA